AAGGCUUUUCAUAUUUCAUAUAUUUUCUGAAAGAUUCGUCUAAUCAAGCUUAACAAAUUCUAAGGAUCUGCGAUUCGAUUAACGAAAGGUCUAACUUCUUAAAAUAGUGACUUUGGUGAGAUUAUGGGUCAUUGCUUCUCGUUGCCAUCUUCCUCAUCGGAGAUUCACGAGGAGAAUGAUCACGGUGAUGGAAAUGCGGUGAUACGUUAUGGCGACGAGUUCGGUUUAGAUCACGACCUUCCGGUUCACCGCCUCGGUUCGGUCUGCUCUAUACAAGGAAGCAAAGCACUUAACCAAGAUAAUGCUAUUCUUUAUCUGGGAUACGGAACAGGGGAUGCGGAGCUAUGUGGAGUAUUUGAUGGGCACGGAAAAAAUGGGCACAUGGUGAGCAAAAUGUUGAGGAAUAGAUUGCCAUCACUUCUGUUAACACUAAAGAAGGAGCUAAACCAAGAAUCUCAUGUUUGUGAAGAAGAAGAAGAAGAAGAAACUCACAAGUGGGAAAAAGCUUGUUUUACUGCCUUCAGACUCAUUGACAAAGAGCUUCUUCUCCAAGUCUUUGAUUGCUCUUUCAGUGGCUCCACUUCUGUUGUUGCCAUUACUCAGGGAGAUGACCUCAUGAUAGCAAACCUAGGUGAUUCAAGGGCAGUGUUGGGAACAAUGACCGAAGAUGGUGAGAUCAGCGCAGUUCAGCUAACAUCAGACCUAACACCUGAUGUCCCUAGUGAAGCAGAGAGGAUUAGGAUGUGCAAAGGUCGUGUUCACGCAAUGAAAGGAGAACCGUCCAGCCAAAGGGUUUGGCUACCUAACCAUGACAUACCAGGAUUAGCCAUGUCAAGAGCUUUUGGAGACUUCAGGCUCAAAGACCACGGCGUUAUUGCGGUUCCAGUGGUCUCUCACCAUCGAAUAACUUCUAAAGACCGAUUCCUUGUACUCGCUACGGACGGGGUUUGGGAUAUGCUUAGCAAUGAGGAAGUUGUAUCGCUGAUAUGGAGUUCCGGCAAAAAGCAAGCUAUGGCUGCUAAAUUGGUGGCAGAGGCGGCUGAAGCUACUUGGAAGAAGAAGCUUAAAUCUAAGAAGAUUGAUGAUAUUACAGUAAUAUGUCUUUUCUUACAGAACAAGGAACAACCAAGUUGUACUACAUUUAAAUUAUAA